AUGUGGGAUAACUCCAUGGGGACUGGUGUAGAAGCAUUAUAUCUCACUAUGAGCAAUAGCCGGUUUAGAUUUUUAUUACGUUGCCUCAGAUUCGAUAAUGUGCAUAGCAGAGAACAAAGGAAGUCCUUGGACAGUUUGGCUGCAUUCCGGGAAAUAUUUGAAACGUUUGUUUCAAAUUGCAAGACAUCCUACAAACCCACUGAUUAUCUGACUAUAAUUGACGAGCAGCUGGUGGCGUUUAGAGGUAAUUGUACCUUUAGGGUUUAUAUGCCAAGUAAGCCUGCUAAAUACGGGCUGAAAAUCUUUGCCCUUGCAUCUACAACUAACUAUUAUGCUUCAAACCUGGAGGUGUAUGUGCGUAAGCAACCAAAUGGCCCUUUCAACAUUAGUAACUCCACACAAGACUUAGUUUUGAGGUUAGUAGAGCCAAUUUCAGGAACAAACAGGAAUGUUACACUUGAUAAUUGGUUUACCUCUGUACCAAUUGCUAUGAAGCUGCGCGAAGAAAAGAGACUUACAAUGGUUGGAACUUUACGGAAAAACAAACGUGAAGUUCCUCCUAACUUUUUACCAGAUGCAGCUAAGGAAUUGAAAAGUAGUAUCUUUGGAUUCCAAAAGAAUUGUACAUUGGUUUCGUAUGUACCUAAAAAGAAGAAGGCCGUGUUGGCUAUUUCAACAAUGCACGACAAUGCUGCCAUUUACCCAGCCACAGGGGACGACAGGAAGCCAGUUAUCAUUACUACUUAUAAUAACACCAAGUAUGGUGUAGACGUUCUUGAUAAAAUGUGUCGCCAGUAUGACACUGCAAGAAACUCCCGAAGGUGGCACUUAACCCUAUUUUUCCAUGUUCUCAAUGUAGGGGGAGUAAAUGGUCUUUGCAUGAUAACCAAAACCAGGACUUUGUUAGUCGGAUGGAAUUUGUAA